AUGUCGACGUCAACCGCGUCGCGCGUGUUCUCGGCGGACGACGACGACGCGAGGUCGAAUUCGUCCGGCGAAAUGGACGGAUCGCUGAGCGACGACGAGGUGACGCAGCAGCGCCUGCACAGUCGCCCGCAACUCGCGACGACGGCGGAGGACCUUACCGCGAACCUUCCCGACGACUGCCUCGUGCACGUGUUCCGGAAGCUCGGAACGUCAGACCUUGCCAGAUGCUCCCUCGUGUGCAGGCGUUGGUUCAUGUUAGACGCGGAGACCAGGCCAAGCAUGUCGCUGCGAGCCACACUAGACGCCGCUCCCGACCUAACGAGCCUGUUCACGCGGUUCACGGGCGUGCAGAAGCUGGUGCUGAAAUGCGAGCGCAAUGUUCUGAGUAUCGAUGAUGCGUCGCUGGACACGAUUGCCAGGCAGUGCGUUUACCUGAGGAAACUCAAACUGAAGAACUGUCGACAGAUCACGGACGAUGGCAUGGAGAGGUUCGCCCGAGCCUGUCCGGAGCUUCGGAAGUUCUCGUGUGGGAGCUGUGGGUUCGGGCUAAGGGGAUUAAACGCGUUGCUCAACGGAUGCAUCCACCUUGAGGACUUAACCGUGAAGAGAAGCCUCCACCCCUCAUUGCCUAAAGACCGUGUCACUCAGAUCCCACACGUGUCGGACUCGCUCUCCCCUCCGGCCAACCUCUCUCUGAAGCGCCUCUGUCUGAAGGACCAGAGGCAAUCACACAUCUGGGUGCCGCUGCUGCAGGUGUUGGGGAGCUCCUUGGGGGAAAAACUCACUCCGGAGCUGUCGCAGAUAUACGUGGAGAGGGUGCAGAUAACAGAUAAAGGAUUGCAGUGCAUCGGGAAGUGCCCCAAGUUGGAGGCGCUGGUGGUGGUGCGCACACCAGAGUGCACCGAUGCAGGCAUGGCAGCUAUAUACGUGGAGAGGGUGCAGAUAACAGAUAAAGGAUUGCAGUGCAUCGGGAAGUGCCCUAAAUUAGAGGCGCUGGUGGUGGUGCGCACACCGGAGUGCACCGAUGCAGGCAUGGCGGCUGUAGCAGCCGGCUGUAGCGGGCUGAAGAGGCUGCACGUGGAGGGGUGGGCGCCAGGGCACCUGGGAGACCCGGGGCUGUCAGCAAUCGCCAGGCACUGCCGGCAGCUGCAGGAGCUGCUGCUGGUAUCGCAUGCAUGCACCGUCUCCUCACUCCAACUCCUCGCCUCCAACUGCCCUUCCUUGGAGCGCCUCACGCUCUGCUCAGGCCACAACAUGGGCGACCCUGAGCUCGCCACGCUCGCCUACUCCUGCUCCAACCUGCGCCGCCUCUGCGUGAAAGCCUGUAACAAGGUUACCGACCUGGGCAUUUACGCGCUCGCGAACGGGUGUCCCAGCCUGCAGAGGCUGAAGGUGAGGCGGUGCCCGGCUGUUUCGGCGCACUCGCUGAGCGUGCUGCAGGAGCAGAGGCCGACUUUGACCCAGAACCGUGUGCAAGGGAGAGGGGUGGGAGGAGGAUCAGGUGGGAACGCUGCUGCUGCUGCCCUUGGUGCCCCUGGGAAUGUGGAGGGUGGUGGUGGUGGUGAUGAUGGUGGUGAUGGUGAUGGUAGUGCUGGUGUGAGGAAUGUUUCUCCCUUACGAGCUGGUUUGCUUAGACUGGCGUCAGCAGGAGACGCCAGACGUGGUGGUGGUACUGCUGCUGGUGCUGGUGCUGGUGCUGGUGCUGCCGCUGGUGAUGCUGAUGCAUGUUUAGCGGCAGCUGUGGCAGCAGGAAGAGGUGGAGCAGGAGCAGGAGCAGGGCCGAGAGGGGCGCAGAGAUUCGCCUCAUUCGUUACAGGCACGCUGAGAAGGUUCUUGGGGCAACCCUCCCCUUCCUCACCUCGUGGAGGUUCGGGAAUGGAAGGAGGUUCGAGUAUGGGAGCUGCAGGUUUGGGAACGGCUGUCAGUACGGGUAUGGAGGGCUCGAAUCUGGCUGAGCUGGCAGGUUUGGGAAGUCCAGGUGCUGUGGGUAACAACCGAAAUAACCCCUACAAUAUCGGCGCUUCUGUGGGGGCUGAUGGAGCAGGGGGGAGUGGUGGGGAUGCAGGGAGGGCUUCAGGGGUGAGGAGAGGUUAUUCAGCCCGGCCACUCACGCCCCCCCUGCACCUCCCGCUGCGGUCGUCUCUCUCGCCUGUGCCCGCUCGCCCUGCUGAGGCUCCUCCCCGGCUCACUGGCAGCGCUAGCAGCAGUAGUAGCGGUAAGGGUGGCAGCAGCGGCGGUGGGGGGGAAACGGGGGGUGUGGGAAGGGAAGGAGCUAUUGGAGUAGGUUGUGCAGCAGGUUUGGCUGCAGGGUCAGGCACAGAGCAGGAAACAGGAGGUGAGAGAAGGUCAGAGGGCACGGUGGGAGCAGAGGGGUUGAGGGAAACAGAUGCUGGUGGAGCGGCUGAAGAAUUAUUAGAAGCAGCAGGGGUGGUUGGGCAAGGGGUGGGGCUUGGGAUUAGGGAAAGAGAGGGUGCUACCGUUGCUGCUGCGGAGGAGGAAUUUGAUGAGCUCUGUUUCGAAUUCGGCAUUGAGCUUGAUGACGUGACCACAGAGAAGGCAAUAAUCCGCAAGGAGAAGCACCUGACAGACGAGGGACCCUCGGAGGACGAGGAGGUGAUCUACAAGAUCGAGGUGCCUGCCAACCGCUACGACCUGCUGUGCCUGGAGGGGCUGGCUCGCUCGCUGCGCAUCUUCCUUGGCUUGGAGGCAGUGCCCCAGUUCAAGCUCGCUCCUGCUGCCAGCCCCAUCCGCAUGACGGUCAAGCCUGAGACGGCCCUGAUUCGUCCCUUCGUGGUGGGAGCAGUGCUGCGCAACAUCACGUUCGACCAGCACCGCUACAACAGCUUCAUCGACCUGCAGGACAGGCUGCACCAGAACCUGUGCCGUCGCCGCACGCUUGUGGCAAUUGGCACACACGACCUAGACACGCUCACACCACCCUUCACUUAUGAGGCCCUACCUCCCACGGAGAUCAAGUUUGUGCCGCUCAAGCAGACCAAGGAGUUCAACGCUGCUGAGCUCAUGGAGUUCUACAAGUCUGACAACAAGCUAAAGAAGUUCCUCCACAUCAUCAGCGACUCGCCUGUCUUCCCGGUCAUUUACGAUGCCAACAGAACCGUGCUGUCGCUCCCUCCAGUGAUCAACGGCUCACAUUCAGCCAUCAAGCUGACCACACGCAACGUGUUCAUUGAAUGCACGGCCACUGACCUCACCAAGGCCAAGAUCGUUCUCAACACCGUGGUUACCAUGUUCUCAGAGUUCUGCGACAACAAGUUCGAGGUGGAGCCGGUGGAGGUGGUAUCUGCGGAGGGCCAGGUGGCAGUGUACCCACAGAUGGAGGAGAGGGACGUGGAGACCUUAGUGGGAUACAUCAACAAGUCCAUUGGCGUUGACCUCAAAGCUGAAGAGAUCGCCCGCUUGUUGACGCGCAUGCAGCUGCCAUCGAAAGUGGUGGAGGGGCGGAGAGGGGAGGACGGGGCGGAAGUGGUGAGUGUGACAGUGCCUCCAACCCGCAGCGACGUGCUGCAUCCCUGUGAUAUUAUGGAGGACGUGGCUAUUGCACACGGCUAUAACAACAUCGCUCGCACGGAGCCCAGGACGGUGUGUGAGGGCAAGCAACAGCCUCUCAACCAGCUGUGCGACCUGCUGAGGGGCGAGGUGGCCCAGGCGGGCUUCACAGAGGUGCUCACGUGGGCGCUCAUCGCUCGCAGCGAGAACUUUGAGAUGGUGAACCUGCAGGACGAUGGCAAGACAGCUGUUGUUAUUGGCAACCCGCGAUCCGCUGAUUUCGAGGUGGUGCGCUCUUCGCUCCUCCCCGGAAUGCUCAAGACCCUGGCCAGCAACAAGGACUCGCCCCGCCCUGUGAAGCUCUUUGAGGUGUCGGACGUGUGCCUGCUGGACGAGAGCAAGGACGUGGGGGCACGGAACGAGAGGCGGCUCAUCGCCCUCUACUGCAACCUGCACUCUGGCUUCGAGGUCAUUCAUGGUCUGGUGGACCGGCUGAUGGAAUCGCUGGGAGUGGCGUUUGGAGGCCAGGCAGGACCGGACGGGACAAUGGCUCUUGCUGAUGGGCCGGCCACUCAGGGUGAUGGUGAUGCUGCGAAGGCUGCCGCCGCACUCAAGUACUUCAUUGCUCCCUCGCAAUCACCCCAGUACUUUGGGGGACGUCAGGCCGAUAUCCUCUUUAAAGGGAAAUCCAUUGGCACUUUUGGUGUCGUUCACCCAGAGGUUCUUGCGCGUUUUGACAUCCCUGAUCCUUGCUCUGCUGUGGAGAUUAAUCUAGAGCCGUUUCUUCAGUUAUAG